CUCCCCUCUCAUAUGGUGGUUGUUGUCUUUCCUGAAAGCAAGCUUCGUCUGUGUUGUAGGGGCAAGUUUAGCUAACCACAGCAAGCUAGCUAGCUGCCACACAUGAUAGCGCAAUUUUGGGACACGUGGUUUCUCCAAGGGAUAUAAGACUAAUUAUCUUAAUUUGAGUCAAGAUAUGUCGCCGGACAUAAUACUGGUAGCCUCUUAGAUGGUACUUAGCUUUUCGAGGCUGGCUGAUGAGCUAGCUAGCUAGCCUUUUUGCUAGCUCUGAAGUCUUACGUUACAUAGAGUAAGCUGACUAACAUUAGCGUUUAUGCUAAGGUGGAAGGCAGCCGACAGCGUCGAUAUAUCGGGCUUAAUUUCGUAAAUUCACCUUCAUGUGUGGUCAGUUUUCAGUUAGACUGACCAGUGAUAUACCUAGUAACUUAAAUUACUUAGAAAGCACGAUCUGUUUCUGCCCAGCCUGAAGAGGAUGAACUGGAUUUUCCCUUUGUCAAAGGGCUCUGGACCAAUCCCACCUCUCAACAGUUUACAACAACAGAGACAGAGGCAAAUCGAGUCACUCAAAACUGCCCACGCGAAUAUCACAGAGAUUCAGAAAGAUGUGGAAUACAGAAUUCCUUUCACAGUCAACAACUCGACCAUCAGCGUCAACAUAUUGCUUCCACCCCAGUUCCCUCAAGAGAAGCCGGUGGUGAGUGUCUACCCACCUGUGGGUCAUCACUUAGUAGACAGCAACAAUGGCACAGUCAUCACUAGCCCACUCCUCACCAACUUCGGGAUGCACUCUGAUCUGGGGAAGGUUAUCCAGAGCAUCUUGGAUGAGUUCUGGAAGAGCCCACCAGUUCUCAUGUCUGGCACCACAGGAUUUCCUUUCAUGUACAAGCCAUCUGGCAUGCCCCCAUACUCUCCCCAGAGCUUCCACUUCGUCCCCACCUUCCCCCCGCAAGACAGCCAGCGCCCCAUGGGCCCCGCCCGCCCCGCCGCACCGGCAUACGGCCUCAUCACAGACCUGCCACUGCCCGUGCCCACCACCGACUCGCAGGUUGGGAUGAACGGACACAUGUACAAGAUGCCUGAGAUCCCGGAGUUAUUUUCAGAACUGACAGAUAUGAGUUUGCCUCAGCUGAAGGACAUGAGUGACAAGGAGGAUGUUCUGCUGGAGUUCUUCGUGUCUCUGCCCCAGCUCAAACAGGUCACCAGCGAUAAGGAGGACCUGGUCAACAAUAUUGUGGCAAUGGCCAAGAAAAACCUACAGCUAGAGCCCCAGCUGGAGGGGAAGAGACAAGAGAUGCUGUUUAAGUACGAACAACUCACCCAGAUGAAGUCCAAUUUUGAAACAAAGAUGCAGAGACAACAUGAGCUGAGUGAGAGCUGCAGCUUGAGUGCCCUGCAGGCGCGGCUGAAAGUGGCGGCCCACCAGGCGGAGGAGGAGUCUGAGGAGACGGCUGAGGGCUUCCUGGAGGGCAAGACAGAGAUUGACGACUUCCUAACCAACUUUAUGGAGAAAAGAACGCUGUGCCACUGCAGAAGAGCCAAAGAGGAGAAGCUGCAGCAGUCCAUCAACACCCAUGGACAGUUCUCCACCACCCACUAGCUCCAAGCGGAUGUGGUGUUUUUUUAUUACAAAAAUAGGUUUGGAUACGACCCACCAGCAGAAGGGUGUAACACAUCAAGAUGAGAAGCACAUUGUGUUACUAGGCAGUGAGGAAAAGACUUGUGAUGAGUAAUUGCCCCCCUAAGAGCUAGGCGGACAUCUAGGAACUGAUAUCGGCAUACAAUGUUUAAUGAUGAUGAUGAUGAAGAUGAUGAUGACGAUGAUAAUGCUAUUGAUGACGAGUUUGUUUGGGGGUCGAUUUGGGGGUCCAUUUACUUGAAUCCGAUUGGUCAACUGUGUUAAUGCUGCCGAGUACUUACAAACUUAACAAUAAAUACUGUAUUUAAAUAAUGUUGAUAAUAGGCUUUAUUAUAAUCAAAGACACUGUGUAUUAUAUGUUGUUAUUUAAUUUGUUGGGUUAAUUAAAAAAAGACAUUCAGAAAAA